AUGCUACCCCAAGAAAUCCAGCAAUACUGGCUCCCCGGAUACGGUCUCUCCCGCGCCGUCAUCCUCGGCCAGAUCCAGUACUUCCUGGGUCCAGCGGCAACGGCGCGGCCGUAUUCCUAUCAGGGCCGAGACGGCUACCUCAUCACCGGCGUACCAUUGACGAGGGACCAGAUCGUCGAUCUAGCAGCUAUGUCUCGGGAAUACGAACGGCAGGAAUCUCUGCGCAUGGCUGGUGAUAGUACCGGUGGGAGCUAUAGCUAUAGCUCUAGCUUUAGCAGCAGCAGCAGCAGGGUGAGUCCGACGGCUCGAUGUUUGGGGAACCAAGAAGGGGAAGAGCCGUAUAUCAAUGAGAUUGUGUGGCUGAGGGGGGCCGGUUAUACUAAUAGUCAUGGUCAUGGUGAGAUGGGUGGGAGACGGCGCAUGAGGGAGGCGGGAGCGAGUCGGAGGCGGGUGAAUUAG